AUUGAUGAACUCAUACACAGUAUUCUGCUUUCAGGUAGAAUACUUGUUUAACAUGUGGUUGGCUUUUGCUCAGCCCUCGCCCGGUCCCUCUCCCUGUCCUCCAUCACAUUAAAUUGCCCAGUAUUAAGAAAGUAUUAGGUUGAACAAACCUUUGGUAAAGUAUAUAUAAAGACAUAAAAUGAAAUGCCAGGUUGAGAAGGGAGUGUAAACUAUCCUUUACCCAGUUAUUCCACCAAUAAGUAUUUUAUGGAGUUGUCUCCAGGCUGUACUUAGAUGGACAAAGCAUCUUUGCAGAAAAGAUGAUUUUAAAAGAUUUUUUUCCCUAGUUAUCUUUUGUUAAGAAGUUUAAUGUGUACUUUAAUAAAGUGUCUAUAUGUUACUAAUAAACGUACAAGUUAUAUUGGAUUUAACUCUUGAUUUGGUUGAAGCCAGUGUGUCUGAUAUAUUGAGGCAAAUGAAUGAAAGAGGAGGAAAAAUGUAGACUUAAACGCUUUGAUGUCUGCGUCUAUCAGAAGGGAGAUUUGAGUACCAGCCUGUCACUCUCUUUUCACUUAUGGAUAUGAAACCUCCCAUCUCUCGAGCCAAGAUGAUCCUCAUCACAAAAGCUGCUAUUAAAGCUAUUAAGCUUUAUAAGCAUGUCGUUCAAAUAGUAGAAAAGUUCAUCAAAAAGUGUAAACCAGAAUACAAGGUUCCAGGGUUAUACGUAAUCGACUCAAUUGUGCGACAGUCUCGUCAUCAGUUUGGAACUGAUAAAGAUGUUUUUGGGCCAAGAUUCUCUAAAAACAUAACUGCCACAUUCCAAUAUUUAUAUCUUUGUCCAUCUGAAGAUAAGAGUAAAAUAGUUCGCGUGCUGAACCUUUGGCAAAAAAAUGGAGUAUUCAAAAUUGAAAUUAUUCAGCCUCUUUUGGACAUGGCAGCAGGAACUAGUAAUGUGGCCCCCGUGGCAGAAAAUGUUACUAAUAAUGAAGGUUCACCGCCACCUUCAGUUAAGGUUUCUUCUGAACCCCCACAAGCCACUACAAACUCCGUACCAACUGUACCACAGUUGCCCAGCUCUGAUGCUUUUGCUGCUGUGGCCCAGCUGUUUCAGACGACCCAAGGUCAACAGCUUCAGCAGAUCCUUCAGACUUUUCAACAGCCUCCAAAACCACAGUCUCCCGCCAUUGACAAUGCUGUGAUGGCACAGGUUCAGGCUAUCACAGCUCAGUUAAAGACAGCUCCUACACAACCACCUGAACAAAAGGCUGCUUUCCCCCCACCUGAGCAGAAAACUGCAUUUGACAAGAAGCUACUUGAUAGAUUUGAUUAUGAUGAUGAGCCAGAAGCUGUGGAAGAAUCAAAGAAAGACGAUGCUGCUGCUGCCACUGCCACCACGGCACCCGCUGCUGUCGCCCCUCCUGCACCUGCUGCUGCUGCACCCGCUGCUGCCACACCCGCUGCUUCUCCUCCACAGGCACCCUUUGGGUUUCCUGGAGAUGGCAUGCAGCAGCCAGCAUAUGCUCAACAUCAAAAUAUGGAUCAGUUUCAGCCUCGAAUGAUGGCAAUACAGCAGGAUCCAGUGCACCAUCAGGUUCCACUUCCUCCUAAUGGACAGAUGCCAGGAUUUGGCCUACUUCCUACACCUCCUUUUCCUCCCAUGGCCCAGUCUGUGAUUCCUCCAACUCCACCUGUGCAGCAGGCUUUCCAAGCUUCUUUUCAGGCACAAAAUGAACCACUUACCCAGAAGGCACAUCAGGAAAUGGAAGUAGAACAACCUUGUAUUCAAGAGGUUAAGCGGCAUAUGUCUGAUAACAGAAAGUCAAGAUCUAGGUCAGCAUCCAGGUCACCAAAAAGGAGACGAUCUCGAUCUGGUUCUAGAUCUCGAAGGUCUCGUCAUCGACGUUCUCGAUCCCGGUCCAGAGAUAGACGUCGACAUUCUCCUAGAUCUCGAUCCCAGGAAAGACGAGAUCGAGAAAAAGAAAGAGAACGCCGACAAAAAGGCCUUCCUCAGAUCAAACCAGAAACUGCGAGUGUUUGUAGUACUACACUCUGGGUGGGACAGCUGGACAAAAGGACUACUCAGCAGGAUGUUGCCAGUCUCUUAGAAGAGUUUGGUCCAAUCGAAUCAAUUAACAUGAUUCCUCCCAGAGGUUGUGCCUAUAUUGUUAUGGUUCAUCGGCAAGAUGCUUAUCGUGCUCUGCAGAAACUGAGCCGAGGAAACUAUAAAGUGAACCAGAAAUCCAUAAAGAUUGCCUGGGCCUUAAACAAAGGAAUAAAGGCAGAUUAUAAGCAGUAUUGGGAUGUAGAACUUGGUGUUACUUAUGUUCCAUGGGACAAAGUCAAGCCUGAAGAACUGGAGAGUUUUUGUGAAGGAGGAAUGUUGGACAGUGAUACACUUAAUCCAGAUUGGAAAGGAAUUCCCAAGAAGCCUGAAAAUGAAGUUGCUCAAAAUGGAGGGGCAGAAACCUCCCACACAGAACCCGUAUCACCCAUACCUAAACCGUUACCUGUGCCUGUCCCUCCUAUUCCUGUUCCGGCACCUAUAACAGUACCACCUCCACAGGUCCCACCACAUCAGCCAGGUCCUCCUGUAGUUGGUGCUCUCCAGCCACCUGCUUUCACGCCUCCUUUGGGAAUUCCCCCUCCGGGCUUUGGUCCUGGUGUUCCUCCUCCGCCGCCGCCUCCACCAUUUUUGCGCCCAGGAUUCAACCCAAUGCAUUUACCACCAGGUUUUCUUCCUCCUGGACCCCCACCUCCUAUAACUCCACCAGUAUCCAUUCCUCCUCCUCACACUCCACCAAUAAGCAUCCCAAACUCUACUAUCGCUGGUAUAAAUGAAGACACUACAAAAGACUUAUCUAUUGGAAAUCCCAUUCCAACAGUGGUGUCUGGGCCUAGAGGAAAUGCCGAGUCUGGUGACAGUGUGAAAAUGUAUGGCUCUGCUGUGCCACCUGCUGCACCCACGAAUCUGCCCACCCCUCCUGUAACCCAGCCUGUUUCACUUCUUGGUACUCAAGGAGUUGCACCUGGUCCUGUAAUUGGGCUCCAGGCACCAUCCACUGGUCUUCUUGGUGCCCGCCCUGGCCUGAUUCCACUCCAGCGCCCGCCAGGAAUGCCUCCACCUCAUUUACAGAGAUUUCCUUUGAUGCCACCUCGUCCCAUGCCACCACACAUGAUGCAUAGAGGCCCACCACCAGGACCAGGGGGCUUUGGAAUGCCUCCACCUCAUGGAAUGAAAGGUCCCUUUCCACCGCAUGGUCCCUUUGUUAGGCCUGGUGGAAUGCCAGGGCUUGGGGGCCCAGGGCCAGGCCCAGGGGGUCCUGAAGACAGAGACGGAAGGCAGCAACAGCCACAGCAACAGCAGCAGCAGCAGCCGCCACCACCACAGCCACAGCCGCAGCAGCCACCACCAGCUCAGCAACCACCACCAACUCAGCAGCAACCACAGCCGUUUAGAAAUGAUAACAGGCAGCAGUUCAAUUCAGGUAGAGACCAAGAAAGGUUUGGAAGAAGAUCUUUCGGAAAUAGGGUGGAAAAUGACCGGGAACGGUAUGGGAACCGUAAUGACGAUAGAGAGAAUAGUAAUCGUGAAAGGAGAGAGUGGGGAAGAAGGAGCCCUGACCGGGACAGGCACAGAGACUUGGAAGAGAGAAAUAGACGCUCUAGUGGGCAUCGAGACAGAGAGAGAGAUUCUAGAGAUAGAGAGUCUCGUAGAGAGAAGGAAGAAAACCGAGUAAAGGAAAAGCCUGAGGUGACAGACAGGGCAGGUGGUAACAAAACCGUUGAACCUCCCAUUAGCCAAGUGGGAAAUGUAGACACUGUUUCAGAACUUGAUAAGGGGGAGUCUGAGUCUGCAGUUGCAAAACCUUCUGAAGAGUUACCUGCUGAGGCUACCUCAUCCGUUGAACCCGAAAAGGAUUCUGGCUCAGCAGCAGAGGCUCCUCGUUAGAGACUGGAAUUUGUCAAAAUGUGACAGUGACACUUCCUGGAGUGUAGAGCUUGAGGUGUACAGAUGCUGUAUUAUAUUUGCUCCUGCUAUAUCACAGCCCCACAGUAGUUGGUGGGGAAUUGUAAGCAAUUUGAUUGCUUCCCUUCUAUUUAAAAAUAGCCACAAAAUAACAAAAAAUACUGAAAAUAUGAAUAAAUAUUACCCUUUUUGCUGUAACUUUUUAAAAGUUUUGACUUUAAAAAGUUUACAAAUCGUAAUUAGAAGUGCUAUUUUUUUUUUUUUUUUAAUUUAAGACAAGGUAAUGGUGAAAGCUCCUCAAAAACAAUAGGGAUGUUUUUAAUAAACUCUAUUUUCGUAACAAA